AUGGGUUGCACUUCAUCUAAAGCAAAAAAGCCUUCAAUUAUCCAAAAUCAAAGUCACAACAACAUCCAUUCAGAGCCUAGUCUUUUUAUAAAGCAGAAUAACAUGAAGUUUAUCGAUGUUUAUGAGUUUGGUGCCUCCCUUGGCAAGGGAUCGUUUGGUGAGGUCAGGGUGGUUACACAUAGAAUAACGAAUUCCCAGCGAGCAGUAAAAAUUUUACCCAAAGAUUUAAACUCCCAAGCUCAAACAAAAGAAUUUUUGAAUGAAGUCAAUAUGAUGAAGAUAAUUGACCAUCCUCACAUAGUUAAAAUAUAUGAAUAUUUCGACACCCCUAGAAAGUCAUAUUUGGUUAUGGAGCUCUGCAAAGGGGGUGAACUAUUUGAAGAAUUAUUGAAAAGAUCAACUUUUAGUGAAGACGAUGCUGCUUGCAUAAUGAAACAGCUUUUUUCUGCAGUCAAAUAUUUGCACGAUAAAAACAUAGCUCACAGAGACUUGAAACCGCAAAAUAUGCUUUUAGAGAGCAAAGGCGAUAUAACAAAUAUAAAGGUUUCUGAUUUUGGGACUGCUACACUAUCAAAAAAUAAAUCCAGAGAAAUUAUUGGGACUGCCUUGUUUUUAGCCCCUGAAGUAGUGGCAGGGCAUUAUGAUUUAAAAUGCGACAUCUGAAGCUGUGGAGUUAUCCUUUAUAUUUUACUAACUGGUCGUCCCCCUUUUGACGGGAAUACAAACGAAGAAAUCUUCUCUGAAAUUACAAAAUGCGAGCUAAAAUUUGAAGACCAAUAUUGGUCUCAUAUCUCUUCUGAAGCCAAAGACUUAAUUUCAGAACUCAUUUGUCCUGCUAAGUUUCGCUUAUCAGCAAAAGACUGUUUAGAGCACCCUUGGAUCACAAGGAGGUCUGCAGUUUCUCAAGAUCCAAAUGCAAUGAGAGGCGCCCUUUCAAGUUUGCAAGCAUUCCAGAAGAAAAACAAACUAAAAGACGCUAUAACCUCAUUCCUCACCUCACAGAUUGCUACAUCAGAAGAAACCAAAGAAUUAAAACAAGUUUUUGUUUCAAUUGACUCCAACGGAGAUGGAAAAUUAAGCAAAAUAGAAUUGAUGUCAAAAUAUUUAGAAAUGAUGGGAGAGAAUGAAGCGAAAACCGAGGUAAAGCGAAUUAUGAAAGAAGUAGACACUGAUAAAAGCGGCUACAUUGAUUAUAAUGAAUUUAUUAAGGCUACAUUCAAUAGCCAAAUGCUGAUUUCAAAAGAAAAUUUAAGAGCUGCAUUUAACGUAUUCGAUACAGAUAGAAGCGGGACAAUUAAUGUUAGUGAGCUUAGGAAUAUUCUCUGUCAUGGAAAAAAUACUCCAGAUGACGUGUGGAGUGAGAUUUUGAGAGAAGUAGAUUCCAACGGUAACGGCGAAAUUGAUAUCAAAGAAUUCGAGGCACUAGUGAUGAGAAAGCUAUAA